CUGGGGCGGUUUCUAUGGUGACGAAAAAUAUAUAAUAGAACACAUUAUUUUUCAAGAAAAAUGUAUUGUAUAACGCAAAUUCUAUUUGUGUACACGAGUAAUAACUUCAUUUAUUUACUAAUAAUACCUACUUGUAAAAUUAUAUUAUGCACUAUUGUAAAAUCAUAUUAUUAAUAUUAUUAUAUGGAUACAGCUUUACAGAACGGAGCUUUAUGGACUUGACAUCAGUAGAAAUUUCGUUCGCUAUUUAAUUCUAUACGAAUAAGUAAAUUGCAAGAGAAUUUAGUUAUGUGGUGACAAUAAUUGAUUAAAAUGACUUGGUAGCAGUUGUAAGUGCAGAAUUUGUACGCUGUGUGGUCGAAUAAGCGACGAGGCACCGUAGCGGCAGCUGGCCGCCAUGAACCGGUAUGUGGUGUUACAGCAACUCGGCGACGGCACGUACGGGUCAGUGGUGCUCGCACAGCGACGAGACACCGGCGAGAAGGUGGCCAUCAAGCGCAUGAAACGCAAAUACUAUUCUUGGGACGAAGCGAUGAAUUUGCGUGAGGUUAAAUCUUUAAAGAAGCUUAAUCACGCUAACAUUGUCAAACUACGAGAAGUCAUACGCGAGAAUGACACUUUAUACUUUGUAUUCGAGUACAUGCGCGGCAAUUUGUACCAAUUGAUACGCGACGCGGAGCGACCAUUUCCUGAGCCGGUGCUGCGCAAUAUCAUAUACCAAGUGUUACAGGGCCUUGCGCACAUGCAUCGACAUGGUUUCUUCCACCGAGAUCUGAAGCCCGAGAAUUUGUUGUGUUGUGGUCCCGAAUUGGUGAAGAUCGCUGAUCUGGGUUUGGCGCGCGAGGUACGCUCGCGGCCGCCCUACACAGACUAUGUCUCGACGCGUUGGUACCGCGCUCCCGAGGUACUGCUACACGAUACGCGCUAUGGCGCGCCCAUUGACUUGUGGGCGCUCGGCUGUAUCACUGCCGAACUCUACACGUGUCGUCCGCUGUUUCCCGGCAACUCUGAAAUCGAUCAGUUGCACAAAAUCUGCGCGAUCCUGGGCACGCCCGACCGCGACGACUGGCCCGAAGGUUACACGUUGGCGGAAGCGCUGCGCUUCCGGUUCCCGACGAGCGCGGGCGUGCCGCUGGGGCGAGUGGUGGCAGCAGCCUCACCGCCCGCGUUGGCUCUGCUCGCUGCGCUGCUCCGGUACCCGUCGCGCGACCGCCCCACGGCUCCGCAGGCAUUACGAUUUCCAUAUUUUGCCAUCGGUGCGGCCCUUGGGGUGCCGCCGCCUGCGUCGCGCGCUCGACGCACCGGAUCUCGCGUUUUGGGCGCCGCGGCCGUCGCGGCGGGUUCACCGGCGGUUGUGGCGGCCGCUCCGCUCGCUGCUCCGCCGCCACUUCACGAUCGUUUUGCUGACAUUCUGGGGGGCGAAGUGGUUCACGAGAGCGGUGAGGGCGGCUUCGAGCAGGCGUUACGACGGGCGUCGGGCGUGCGUGGGCGCAGCGUGGCGGCGCCGCGCGUGCCUCCCGCGCCCCCCGCUGGCCUCGGACCGCCCGGCGGCGCGGCCGCGGCCUAUUUGGGCGCGGCUCGCUAUGUUGCUGGUUCACGAAUAGAUACUUCACUUUUCCGUCAACUCCCCUUAAGAGCUCAUCGUGAGACAACCACAGUAGGAAGCGGAGCCGCCCGUGUCGACUGGGCCGCCAAAUAUCUGCGAUGAACAAGACCAGCCUCACUCUCCAGUCAUCGCCUACCUGUUACAAAACUUAUCAUUUGAACAACUGUAAUUGUAACUUAUUAUAUUUGGGUGCAGUUAUUAAAUAAAUAUACAGUUUACUGUGUUAUUGGGAUAAAAUAAUGGGUGGUUAGGUUCUUCUUAAUAUAAUUAUCAUUGUCCUACAUAUUUUAAAUAAACUAUAAAAUUUUAUAAUGUUG